AUGCCUAACAUUACACAGUAUGUUUUUCUUAAUUGUCUCACUCCAUUUGAAUACCUGAUCCUGGCCACCAUUAUAGCCAACUGCAUCGUCCUUGCCUUGGAGCAGCACCUACCAGCCGGCGACAAGACCCCCAUGUCAGAGCGCUUGGACGACACAGAGCCCUAUUUUAUUGGAAUAUUUUGUUUUGAAGCUGGCAUUAAGAUCAUCGCCCUUGGCUUUGCGUUUCACAAAGGCUCCUAUCUCCGGAAUGGCUGGAAUGUAAUGGACUUUGUGGUGGUGCUAACAGGGAUGCUGGCUACAGUGGGAGCAGACUUUGACUUGAGAACUCUGCGGGCGGUACGGGUCCUGAGGCCACUGAAACUGGUGUCUGGAAUCCCUAGUCUUCAGGUGGUUCUGAAGUCCAUCAUGAAAGCCAUGGUGCCUCUGCUGCAGAUCGGUAUGCUGCUCUUCUUCGCUAUCCUCAUGUUCGCCAUCAUCGGCCUGGACUUUUACAUGGGCAAGUUCCACCGGACCUGUUUCAGGACUGAUACAGGUGAGCAGGCAGCAGAGUUCCCCUGUGGUUUGGAGGCUCCAGCGAGGACCUGUGAGAAUGGCACUGUGUGUCAGGAAUACUGGAUCGGCCCCAACUAUGGCAUCACCAACUUCGACAACAUCCUCUUUGCUAUUCUCACCGUCUUCCAGUGCAUCACCAUGGAGGGAUGGGUGGACAUCCUCUAUAACGCCAACGAUGCCUCAGGCAACACCUGGAACUGGCUCUACUUCAUCCCCCUCAUCAUCAUCGGAUCCUUCUUCAUGCUCAACCUGGUGCUGGGAGUCCUGUCUGGGGAGUUUGCCAAGGAGCGUGAGCGUGUGGAGAAGAGGCAGGAGUUUCUGAAGCUUCGCAGGCAGCAGCAGAUCGAGAGGGAGCUGACUGGAUACCUGGAGUGGAUAUGCAAGGCAGAGGAAGUGAUGCUGGCGGAGGAGGACAAGCACGCUGAAGAGAAGUCCCCUCUGGAUGGAGCGUGGUACAAAAGGAAACAUAACAACCCAGUGUUGAAAAGAGCAAAGAAGAGCAAGAAUGACCUGAUCAAUGCUGAGGAGGGCGAGGACCACUUCACUGACAUCUCAUCUGUUGGUAAGGCCAACGCCCGUGACUCGGACCUCUUGAUCAACGUUUUGUGUGCUGUUCCCGCCACUGUUCCUCCAGGGUCUCCGUUCGCCCGGGCCAGCCUGAAGAGCAGCAAGAACGGCAGUGCCUCCUACUUCCGGAGGAAAGAGAAGCGGCUCCGCUUCACCAUCAGACACCUGGUCAAGGCUCAGAGCUUCUACUGGACAGUGCUGUGUCUGGUGGGCCUCAACACACUGUGUGUGGCCAUCGUCCAUUACGACCAGCCUGAGUGGCUCACAUAUGCACUGUAUUUGGCAGAGUUUGUAUUCCUGGGCUUGUUUCUGACUGAGAUGUCCAUGAAAAUGUAUGGACUAGGACCCAUGAGCUACUUCCAUUCGUCUUUCAACUGUUUUGAUUUCGGAGUGAUUAUAGGCAGUAUUUUUGAGGUGAUCUGGGCAGUUGUGAAACCUGGGGCCUCCUUCGGCAUCAGCGUCCUGAGAGCUCUCCGUCUGCUCAGGAUUUUCAAAGUCACUAAGUAUUGGAACUCUCUGAGGAACCUGGUGGUCUCUCUACUCAACUCCAUGAAGUCCAUCAUCAGCCUGCUGUUCCUCCUCUUCCUCUUCAUCGUGGUGUUCGCCCUACUGGGCAUGCAGCUCUUUGGGGGACUGUUUAAUUUUGACGAGGAGACGCCAACAACAAACUUUGACACCUUUCCAGCAGCCAUUCUCACAGUUUUCCAGAUUCUGACAGGAGAGGACUGGAAUGCGGUGAUGUAUCAUGGGAUAGAGUCCCAGGGGGGCGUGCGCCGGGGAAUGUUCUCCUCCAUCUACUUCAUCGUUCUCACCCUGUUUGGAAACUACACUCUCCUCAAUGUCUUCUUGGCCAUCGCUGUUGACAACCUUGCAAACGCACAGGAGCUCACUAAGGAUGAGGAAGAGCAGGAGGUGGCCAUCACCAAGAAGAUGGCCCUCCAGAAGGCCAAGGAGGUCAAGGAGGUCAGCCCCAUGUCAGCCGCAAACAUCUCCAUCACAGCGUCAAACCUCCCUCCCUCACACCCCUUCCCACAGAUCAAACCUCCUCCCUCACACCCCUCCCACAGCCCUGCCUCCCAGACACACCACACCAAGCUACACAGUAUGCUGUACACAGGCCAACAUGGAGCGGAGAGGGCAAUGCCAGCAAGUUUUGUAAAGCAAAGUCAAGGUGCACUCUCUAGCAGCUCGUCCGUCUGCAGCGUUAAUUCACUUAAGGAGCAGCAGAAGUCCCUGAAGAUGAUGUCAGUUUGGGAGCAGCGAACCACUCAGCUGAGGAGACAUAACCUGCGGGCCAGCAGUGAGGCCCUGUACAGCGAGCUGGACCCUGAGGAGAGGCUUCGUAUGUCCUCCGCCCUGCACAUCCGCCCUGACAUGAAGACCCACCUGGACCGGCCCCUGGUGGUGGAACCCCAUGACGGCCCCGGCCCUAUGGGCCAACACAAGCCCCGGACCCCUGAGGAGACGGAUACCCCUGAGGACCCGGCCGGCCCCCAGCCACGCAGGCACCACCGCCACCGGGACAGGGAGAGACCCAUCGACGAGGCCAAUGAGAAUGGCGAUCCAGGCAAAGAGGGUAGGCACCAUGUCCACCACAGUCGUAGCAAGGACCCAGACGGCACCCGGGGCAAGGAGGGGAAGAGUGAGCGGUCACGCAGCCGAGAGGGGGGCAGGAGGCACCACCACCAGACCUUAGUGGAUGAGGGAGGAGGAGGGGGGACGGGGGAGAGAGAGCACCGCCACCACCACUCCCACAGACAGGCCAGAGAGGGCAACGGCACUGUCAACAGCGGAGGCAAGGGCGAGCGCAGGUCACGCCACAAAGAUGGCCGCUCGGGAGAGAGGUGCUCCAGGGGAGAGAACGGAGCCAAUGGGGAGAGGAAGAGACACAAGACCCACGGCUCAAGGGGCCAGUCCACACUGGAGGGAGAGGACCACAGUGAGAGAGAGAAGGGGAGGGGCCACAGGGACAGAUAUGUGGAGUCUGAGGGCGACUCCCUGGCCAUCAGCCCCCAGCAGGACCCUGGAGAUCAGAGGUGGGGCACCGAGGGACCUGAAGACUCAGACAACCAGAGGAACGUCAGACGGACUGGACAGACGGCCGUCAACAUCCCCCCUGUCACCAUCACCCCCCCACCCGGGGAGACUACCCUUAUACCCAUGAAUAGUAUAGACUGUGAGACCAUGCCUAUGAACGAGGAGAAGAAGACCCUGGAGGAGCGGACUCAGAGUGGACCCAGACCCAUCCUGCCUUACAGCUCCAUGUUUGUGUUUGGCCAGGCCAACGUGGUGCGGCGUCUGUGUCAUUAUAUUGUCAGCCUGCGGUACUUUGAGAUGUGUAUCCUGGUAGUGAUAUCCAUGAGUAGCAUUGCAUUGGCUGCAGAGGACCCUGUCCAGGCCAACGCUCCGCGCAACAAUGUGCUCAAGUAUCUGGACUACGUCUUCACGGGAGUUUUCACAUUUGAGAUGGUGAUUAAGAUGGUUGACCUGGGCCUCCUGCUCCAUCCUGGUUCUUACUUCAGAGAUCUCUGGAACAUUCUGGACUUCAUUGUGGUCAGUGGCGCACUGGUGGCAUUUGCAUUUUCAGGGUCCAAAGGAAAGGACAUCAGCACCAUCAAGUCCCUCAGAGUUCUGCGAGUAUUACGGCCCCUCAAGACCAUCAAACGCCUACCCAAGCUGAAGGCUGUGUUUGACUGUGUGGUCAACUCCCUGAAGAACGUGUUCAACAUCCUCAUAGUCUACAUGCUCUUCAUGUUCAUCUUCGCUGUCAUCGCCGUGCAGCUGUUCAAGGGCAAGUUCUUCUACUGCACCGAUGAGUCCAAGAGCCUGGAGAAAGACUGCAGAGGUAAUUUCCUGGACUAUGAUAAAGAUGAGGUGGCCGCCCAGCCUCGGGUGUGGAAGAAGUAUGAGUUCCACUAUGACAACGUGCUUUGGGCCUUCCUCACUCUCUUCACUGUGUCCACCGGAGAGGGCUGGCCUGAUGUUCUGAAGCACUCUGUGGAUGCUACCUUUGAGGACCAGGGUCCCAGUCCAGGCUACCGUAUAGAGAUCUCCAUCUUCUACGUGGUCUACUUCGUGGUCUUCCCCUUCUUCUUCGUCAACAUCUUUGUGGCCUUGAUCAUCAUUACCUUCCAGGAGCAGGGAGACAAGGCCAUGUCAGAGUGCAGCCUAGAGAAAAAUGAGAGAGCCUGCAUUGACUUUGCCAUCAACGCCAAGCAAAUGACGCGUUACAUGCCAGAGAACGUGCAGUCCUUCCAGUACCGGAUGUGGAAGUUUGUGGUGUCACCUCCGUUUGAGUACUCCAUUAUGAUCAUGAUUGCCCUGAACACCGUUGUGCUCAUGAUGAAGUUCCAUGGAGCUCCAGACUUCUACGAGGCCAUGUUGAAGCACUUCAACAUCGUCUUCACUGCCCUCUUCUCUCUGGAAUGCAUUCUGAAGAUCAUUGCCUUCGGCCCGCUGAAUUACCUGAAGGAUGCCUGGAACGUGUUUGACUUUGUGACAGUGCUGGGAAGUAUAACUGACAUUGUGGUCACAGAAAUCAAUGGACCGGCUGUUGAAUCUGAGUUUUCUGAGCUGUUCAGAGCAGCUCGUCUCAUCAAGCUGCUGAGGCAGGGAUACACCAUCCGUAUCCUGCUGUGGGACCUUCGUCCAGUCUUCAAGGUAACACCCCUAGUUUGCCUUCUGAUAGCGAUGCUGUUCCAUCUAUGCCAUCAUUGUAUGCAGGUGUUCGGAAACAUUGAGCUCAACGAGGACACAGCCAUCACUCACCACAACAACUUCCGCACUUUUCUUCAGGCCCUCAUGCUGCUGUUCAGGAGUGCCACAGGGGAGGCGUGGCAUGAGAUCAUGCUGUCGUGUUUGAGUCACAGAGCCUGUGAUGAGAGGUCAGGCAACCUGGGGAAGGAGUGUGGCAGUGACUUYGCCUAYUUCUACUUUGUGUCCUUCAUCUUCCUCUGCUCUUUCCUGAUGCUCAAUCUGUUUGUGGCUGUCAUCAUGGAUAACUUUGAGUACCUGACUCGAGACUCAUCUAUACUGGGGCCUCAUCAUCUGGAUGAGUUCAUCCGUGUUUGGGCUGAGUACGACCCUGCUGCCUGCGGACGGAUUCGCUAUAACGAUAUGUACAACUUGUUACGAAUUAUCUCACCCCCUCUUGGCUUAGGGAAGAACUGCCCUAAUAGGGUAGCGUACAAGCGGCUAGUCAAGAUGAACAUGCCCAUCGCCGAUGACAACACAGUCCACUUUACCUCCACUCUCAUGGCCCUGAUCCGCACGGCCCUGGAGAUCAAACUGUCCUCAGGGAUGGUUGCCCAGCGUCUUUCUGAUGCUGAACUGAAGAAAGAGCUCUCUACAGUUUGGCCAAGCCUUUCACAGAAGACUAUGGAUCUGUUGGUUACACCACACAAACCCAAUGAGCUUACUGUUGGAAAGGUGUAUGCAGCCCUGAUGAUCUUUGACUACUACAAGCAGAACCGAGCCAAGAGGCCCAAGGAGCAGCAACAACAGCAACAGAAUGCUGCCGGCUCCCAGGGUAAGGUGGGGGCUCUGUUUAAACCAAUACUGCCCCUGACUUACAAGCAGGAGAAAGAGAAGGAGAAGUCCAUCAACAACAUGGAGCCUCCCUGUGAACUACUUCCUCAGCCCCAGCCUCAGGCCCUACCUAGACCCAGCUCCACCCUGCUCAACAACAUAGAGCCUCCCUGUGAACUACUUCCUCAGCCCCAGCCUCAGGCCCUACCUAGACCCAGCUCCACCCUGCUCAACAACAUAGAGCCUCCCUGUGAACUACUUCCUCAGCCCCAGCCUCAGGCCCUACCUAGACCCAGCUCCACCCUGCUCAACAACAUAGAGCCUCCCUGUGAACUACUUCCUCAGCCCCAGCCUCAGGCCCUACCUAGACCCAGCUCCACCCUGCUCAACAACAUAGAGCCUCCCUGUGAACUACUUCCUCAGCCCCAGCCUCAGGCCCUACCUAGACCCAGCUCCACCCUGCUCAACAAUGGAGGCACACUGCCAGGCCAUGAUGGCACCAUGAAAGGAUCGUCCUCCUGGGUGUCAGAGAAGUCUAGAGAGGUCCACAGACCCAGGAAUAAGAGACCUGUCCAAAGGGGCCAGUCUGAAGAUGUCCCAAACACAACCCUUCCCCAGGAGUCAGUGGAGAUGAGGAAGAUGGACACCAGUGACAACACAGUGCCUGGUCCUGGGUCUGGACUGGAGAGCCAGGGGAGGGCUGUGUCCAUGCCCCGCCUCAACGCAGAGCUGCAGAGGAGCCAGUCACGCCACUCCCCGGGGACCCUGCUGGCCCCUGUUCCUGACUGCAGCCCGAUGAAGCGCUCUGCGUCCACCCAUGCCCCACAGCGCCCCCAAGAGGCGAACCUGCGUGACUACACCCUGGAGACGCCCAGCAUCCAGGAAAGGCCUCACCACCACCACCACCACCGCUGCCACCACCGCAGAGAGAGGGACAAGAAGCAGCGGUCACUCGACAGGACGCCAAGCACCGCUGGCACACCAGGAGACCCGGCUGCAGAGCCCUCGUCAAGAGACAGGGUGCAGGACCGCGGCCGCUCCCAUGAGAGGAAGCACCACUCGACGGCGGGGGAGAAGCAGCGGUACUACUCCUGCGAUCGCUACGGCAGCAGGGAACACUGCCACACCACCAAGUCUGCCACCGCCAGCUGUGCAACCUCCCCCAGCGAGGUGCAGGACCCCAGCAUCAACAAGCAGGGUAGUGGUUCGGUUAAAUGCAGCCCAGUGAUGAUGACCUCAGGGGCUAGCACACCCAGCCGUGGACGCAGGCAGCUACCCCAGACCCCCCUGACCCCCCGCCCCGGGGUGGCCUACAAGACUGCCAACUCCUCCCCUGUGCACUUUGUGUCUGCCCAGUGUGGCAGCGGCCUGCCCACCCUGAGUCCUGGCCGGCUGAGCCGCGGGCUGUCUGAGCACAACGCCCUGCUGCACAGUGGCUCCUCCCACAUCCCCUCCCCUGUCACCCGCAUCAGCUCCGAGCCCUUCCUGGGCUACAGUCACAGGGAAGCCCAGGGCCAGGGCAGUCUGUACUGCAGCCUCCGGGACGAGCUGCUGAGCCCCUAUGCUGCCAGAGUACGCUCCCCUCGGACCGCACUGCCUCAGAUGGGGCCGGGGCCCCUCCACCUGCCUCCGCCACCCCAGCAGAGCCAUGCGGUGCCCAACGGAUACCACUUCACCUUUGGUGGUAUUGGCAACGCCAGCCCGGGGUCUGGCUCUGGUGCCAGGGCACCCAGGUACUACCAUGAGGCAGAUGAGGAUGAAUGGUGCUAGCAUGGCUUUGAACAGAUGUUUUUAUUGCAUUUUUUUAGGAAUCGUGAUGAGUUUUAUCAUCUUUUUUUGAAGGAUUUAGUUUACACUGUUGCUGUAUGUAGAGCUAAUGGGAGCCAAGGAAGGGUUGGGAUUCAUUUGAAUGUGAACAAAGCAGCACCGUUUUUAGGAACUGGAUGGAAAUGAAAUUGGAUGUGGAGUCGGUGAAUUGUUGGUAAUUGAGUUUGAUCCGACUUUGUCUUAUGCACUGAAGACAGUGGCAUGUUUAAUUGAGGGCACGUUUUGCUUUGAUUCUUUAUCAAACUUAAUUAUUUUGAGAACAUCCAACUUAAAUGAUGUUUUACCUAGUCUUGAUAGUGACCCAAAUAGUGACAUAAGAAACUCUACUACAGCUACACACAGUAGAGAUGGGCGAGCAACAGGCCUCUUUGCUAACUCUGUGAUGAGCAGGGGGGAUACCUAUGUAUUGUUUAGUAUCUGUAACAACACGUGAGAAGGAAAUAGUCCGAGAGAUUUCAUUCAAACUUCCCUAAGAAAGGCACUUGAAAGUAAACUGCACAACAGCUAUUCUACUUUGCUUUGGGACUCUUACCAUUCCAUGAUAUAAAGGGAUUUACAGUAGCCUAGCCCUUUAAAUGACAUUCCUUUUCUGUCAGAAGAUACAGCCUGAUGGAAUAGAGGGAUCGAUGUUGUCAUUACAGACAGUGAUUGUUGAUUUGUUACUGUUUACCGUUGCAAAUGUCACUACUACUACUUCAGAGAAAUGAGGAGAGGAAAUGAAAUGUGAUUUGUUUUAUAUACAACUAUGGUAGAUGUUAUCUUUUCAUUGUGUGCAUAUUUUGUAUCUUGUAAAAACAACUUUGUUUAUGUAAAUUGCUUAAAGUUUGCCAUCAUUUCAGGUUUAAUGUUUCUUACAGACUGUCUGCUUCAGAUGUUUAAAACAAAGUGCCUAUCCUUUUAGACAUACUGUAGUAAAGAUGCAAAGUCAACAGUUUUUGUAAAGCAUCAACACUUAAGUAGUUAUUUGGUAGUUCUGCAGGAGCGCAAGGUGUACAGAAAGCCUUAUCUGAGAAACAACAACUUUUAUUCAAGAAAAAGAAAUGCUUUUGAAUGUAAACUAUUAAUUAACCUAUGAUUGCUGAUAAUUUUCUCGUAUGAUUUUCUUUUUGGUAAAUAUAUUUCAUCAAUUUGAGUGGGGGGGACGAAAGUUGGGGCAAAAUCAUGGUAUGAACACUUAACAAACAUGAAAAGUGCAUUAGUAGCUUAUCAAUGUAGUUAGGAAGACGUGAUCAGAGUAACACUGCAUGUUUAAAUCAUAAACCUGGUCCACAACAGUUAUGAAGAUGUAGUAGUGUAUGGUUCCUUUCCUGGCGAGGUUAGUCAACUGCGAAAGCAUCGCAAGCUACUGUAUUGCCUUCUGUUUCAAUGCUAUAACUGCAGAGUUAGUAUAGACCAUAAGGAAUCGGAUGAGAAACAAACAGUGUGCACUUUUUGGAUGGAUGUGCUUGAGAAGCAGAGAUAGAUGCAGAUCCCUAAUGAGUGUAUAUGCUGAGUCGAGCCCCUGGCACCAGCACACUGGACCCCCCUGUGUCUCCCCAUUGGCUCAGACCCCUCUAUGUUAAGGUUUUAGCCCGUCAGAUAUAGCAGAUAUAGCAUAAAUAUGGUUCACACUUUCUAUCGUUCUAUCUACCCAGCCAUGGUAACCGAUGAUGGUGAUGGUUCACAUCUGCUAAAAAGCUUCAGAUAAUAUAUAUGGAUAUUAAUACAAUAUCAUUUAAAGAAUGUGUUUCCCUGGGAUGGAUGAUCUAGUGCUUUGGAAGAGUUUCGGUUCUUUUCUAUUCUACAUUGGUGGUGGAAUGUGGCAAGGUAUGCUGUUUAAGGGAUGCGCUACUCAGGCAAAAGUGUUGCUCAGUUACUGAUAGUAUUGGAGAUACAGUAGGUGGGGCCCGGUGUUGCAAUGUCUGCACACUCGUCGGGGUUCUGUACUGCAUAUUUCCCAGAAGCAGGGUUUUGAUGACAGAGAAGGUAGGGUUAUGCAACAAGAGGACACUACGGUCAUAUACUUCAUCCAUAUUGUAGCUCUACAUGCUGAGAUCUCCAGAUUCAUACUACAGCAUGAUUGUGACCAAAUCUUUAUAAAAAGUUUUCAAACAUGUAUAAAACAUGUAUUUUAAAAUGCGUAAGGCACAACGAGUUGAAGCAGAAAUGAAGAGAAUAUUUAGAAAUACAGCAACUUUAUAUAUUUGCAUGCAUACAAUUUACCCAUGUUGACGAUGUCAAAAGGAAAACCUGUGUCUUAAAAAGUAAGUAAACAAUGUCAUACUAAUGGUUAUCUGUUCCGUGUUAGGUCACCUAAGAGGGGGGAUCAGUCCAGAGGAGGGUGUUCAUAAACUUUGAAUAAACUGUAAUGGUAAAAAUGAUCCACAUUCUUGUACAGGUACCUUCAAUUAUUUCCCCUUGACAUGUUGCCGUAGUGGGUAAAAACUUAAACUAUCAGUCUCUUCCUUCAUCUCUACGGCCUCUGUACUAUUUCAAAAGAAACAUAUCCACGCCAAAGUCUCUCACAGUUGGUUGCCAAACAUUGAACUGUUCCUAUUUCUCUCUCUGCAUCCCAACUGCAGUGUACAUGUGGCUGUUUUCUGGAGAAAAUAAUGUUUGCAUGUUCUGAUAAUGUAUGUGCAUGUAAAAAUCGUAGUACUUUUUUUGCUACCAUGUAUUCAUUUCUUGUUCAUUUUUAUUGAUCUUUGAUAUAUAUAUACAUAUAUAUAUAUAAUCUGUGGGGUUUGUUGGAAAAAAUGACUUUAUAUAAAAAUAGUAUUGAACAAUGAUGAUAGUUCCGGCCAUGCAACAGAGCUGGAACACUCCUUAUUUGGGUCUGAGUUUUUGUUGCCUGAUUUAUGUUUAUUGGCCAGACUUUGAAUUCUGCAGUUGUUUCUACAUUUACAUUUUGUAUGAAGCCAAGUUCCUUGAAUAAUAAAAAAAAAUUA